AUGGGGCAUUCCGCUUCUGCGGACUCUGCAGAGUGUGCUGCUCCGGGUGCGACCGCGGCCCCGUCACCCAGUAGCCUGCUGUGGGUGAGGAUUCUCACCGGAAGCAAGCUGCAAACUCCCACUUCCUUGAAUGGAGACAGCAUUCUCAAGGUGUGCAGAUGGUUACUCGGUCAUCCGCACACCUGGCGAUUGUAUGUGACAGUUUCAGUCGGCAGGGGGCAGGGCCAGACGGAGAUUGUGCAUGUUCCGAGCCAUGGCGAUGUGCACUUCACCCACGCUCCUAUUCCCUUCACUCUUGAAGACAUUGUCACCUAUGAUCCUGGUUUGGGUCCUCGGGCCAGCUCCUUGGCGUCCAUGUCCUUGGCGUCCACGUUGCUGGACAGGCGAAUUCCCGAGAUGACAAUUAAAGUUUACCGAGUGCGUCGUAUUUGUCAGGAUGCCUUAGUGAGUGUCGCACGCUUGCCGAUCAGCACGACGGAACUGGCGGGCACGUCAAGAGAGCAUACGAUUUCACUCGCCAAUGGUUGUGGCAUGAUCACAGUCCGUUGCAGUUUCAACUGCUCGGUGAAUGAUUUACCGAACUUGCAAAGUGUUCUUGCGUAUCCGCGACGUCAUUCAUUGGCGAAGUUUGCACAAGCAUUGGCCCAACUUCUACAAGGAGAAGACGGCAUAGAGAUAUUACAGCGAGCAGUUCCAAAAGCUUUGCAUCUGCCGACUGAGAAAGUCACCAGCACAAUGCAAAGCUUUCUUGUCUCGCUCUGCAAUCAAGUGAGCAUGCUUUCCGACGAUGAAAGUGAUCGUGAGGUCAUGCAGCGCUUUGCACCGCUUUCACGAAGCAUCCAAGACUUCAUUGCAGAGUGCACGCACAACUCCGCUAAUGUGGCGGCACUCACGGAGGAGUGGCUGUGUGGGACUUUCUCCCUGUGUGCACAGAAAGCCGGUGGACAAAAGCUUCCAUCGAUGAACAACUACAUGAUCAAGGAGUUCUUGAAGCAAGGGGAACGCUACCCAGGAAUGGACCACCUCGUGCCAAUCGAUUCUCGCGGAGAUGCAGUUGCAGAUUGGCUGAACUCUCCACCCAUGGUUCGUCGAGACUUUGUGCCUCGCGAAGCUGUACUCGGCAAGGGUAUGUUUGGUACCGUUUGGCGAGCAAUGGACUUAAGAUCCCGGCAGUGGUAUGCCGUGAAGCGGAGCAACACCUCGCGGCAGCCGACUAUCGCGCGAGAGCGUGAAGUCACGAACCAUGUUUUGAUGAAUCCACAUCCGUGCAUUGUACAAAUCUUUGGGAACCACUACAUCGAGACUGGCUCAUGCUUCUCUUCGUUGGUGAUGGAGUUUUGUGCCGGAGGAGACUUGCAGGACAAGGUGAACCAGGCUCACGCUGAUCACGGUUAUCGACUUCCAGAACAAGCAAUCACAUGGUUGGGCCAAAUAUUUCUUGGCUUGGAGCAUUUGCACAUGGUGCUGGGCACCCUGCAGCGAGACCUCAAGCCUCGCAAUGUGGUUUUUUCUGACGAUGGCCGGGCGAAGCUGACCGACUUCGGCAUGGGGCGAAUAGGCUUGGUCUCUACCGGCGCCUUCACGCUGCAGAACUGUCCUCCAGGAAGUCCUGCUUACGUCGCGCCCGAAGUGGUGCUCCAAAAGCCCUACGACUUCAAGGCCGACAUCUAUUCCUUUGGAGUCGUUUGUUGGAAUGUUCUCACCGGUGGCGUUCGGGAUUCUGGCGGGGAUUGGUCAGCCCCAUGCUAUGCGUUUUCAUCCCACAACUUCGCCAACCUGGCCAACAAUCACCGCUUAUUGGAGAAGCAUGUUAAGCACCCCUCCAGGUACAACGUGCAAAGUGCACCGUCGGAGGCUGCUUCGGAUUUUGUGCUGCUACUGACGAAGCUGGACCCUGAACAGCGCCCAGACCACGGUAAGAUCCGCAGCGUGCGGUUCAUGAGCUCUCUGGGUUUGCCAGCGCCUGAUGCGAGACGUAGCCAGAUCGACGAGUGCCAGUUGUUCUUCGUGCUAUGCAAGCAUGCCUUCGUUAGUGUCUCCAAGCAGCGUGCCCUCAAAGAGGGUCCUUGGUCGGUGGACAGAAGUUCCAGACACCGCGGUUUCAUCGAAACGUUGCGAGUUGCGAUGUUAAACUCACAGGUCGGACUGCGUGCCCGCAUAGGCACCAACCUGGUCACCAUCCGAUGGGGGCCUGGAGUGCUUCAAGCGCCUGCAAAGCCUGGGGAGGCUGGCUACACUGACCAGACGAACAAGCCCGAGUCUGUGGAAGUGGUGGGGGUUGAAUACGACGAGGCGAGUCGAAGCUCCAGGUCGGCACUGAAGAUGUCAAUGUCCUGCAUUCAGCAAGUCUUGGCAGCAGGGAUCGCAGUCCUCAUUACGGUGCUGGAUAAUUUCCCAUACGGUUUCCUGGUCUUUCCUAUGGCACACGAACUCCAUGGCGUGGGGGUUUCAAUGGUCCUGCUGUCUGCUGCCGUUGCCCAAGCAGUCUUCUCCUGUUCGUCGAACCUGCCCGAGGGCCUUGGAUGUAUGAUCGUGGAAAACAUACCGAUGUUGCACUCAAUGGCCCUGUCGGUGACCACGUCUUUGGCAGAAAGACCUGACAUGAUUUUGCCCACCACGCUUGCCUUAUAUGCGACUGCUUCUCUCGCGACAGCUAUUGCCUUCCUUCUGUUAGGCUAUUUUGAGCUAGAGCGAGUUUUCAUGAUUUUGCCCAAGCCUGUCUUGAUGGGCUGCAUUGGUGGAAUGGGCAUUUACAUCAUGGCAGCAGGUGUGGAAGCCAGCACUGGCAUAAGCUGGGCAUGGAGCAAAGCCGUGUUUCUGGAUCAAGCAAUGCAGUGGCCCAAAAUCCUGGUCUUGCUGGUGCUGGAGCUUUUCCUCUUGAACUGUCUUCGGCUCGCCCGGGGCCGGGACUGGGAAUCCUUUGUGCUUCCCCUCUUCUUCUUAGGCUUAGUUCCUGCCAGUUGGAUGGCCUUGUCCAUGGCUGGCUACUCGCGUGAACUGGCGCAGGAGGAUGGUUGGAUUUUCAACGAUUUUCCAAUGCUGACGACUUACCAUUUUCAAAUGCUGAGAGUGGACCUAAUUGCCUGGGACGUAUUCCCAUAUCAACUACCUCUGCUCAUGGGAAUCGUAAUUUUCAGCUGCCUGCAUGUUCCCGUAAAUGUGCCGGCCCUCGCUCAAGCCACUGGGCGGGAGGUGGAUGUCAACCGUGAACUGGCCGCACAUGGCAUCGCAAAUUUGAUUGCUGCAUGCCUUGGCACGCUUCAGAAUUACAUGGUCUACUCAUCAAGCCUGCUGUACUUCAAGUGUGGCGGGGGCUCCCGUAUCACAGGCUUCAUCGUGUCACUGGUUGUGCUGAUGAUAAUACCCUGGGCCAGCACAGUGAUUUCGUUCCUGCCCCGAGUCCUUGCAGGAGUGCUGCUAAGUCACCUUGGGGUCGAGCUCGUUUGGGAAGCCCUUGUGGACACUUGGCCCACUCUAGAUGUGCUGGAGUACAUCAUUGCCGUCUCCAUAGCCUGUAUUUGCACCAUCAGUUUUAUCUACGGCCUCUUGAUCGGCUUGCUUUGUGCCUGCAUCGCUUUCGCAGUACAAGCAGCACGGUCUGAUCCCGUUCGCUUCGCCUUUUAUCCAGGCCGCGGUGUGCGCUCUCGAAAGUUGAGAAGUCAGUUGGAACUGCAGAUCCUCGAAGACUUUGACAAUAGGGGUGGCUUCAUGGUGCUGCGACUUCAUGGCGUGCUGUUCUUCGGUAACACCCACUCCUUGCCGAAGAGGGUGCAGGACAUCCAGUGCAAGGCUUUGAUUCUGGACUUUGCGCAGGUGGUCUCUAUUGACUCCUCGGCAUACAGUCAGCUGAACGCCUUGGCCACAAAUUUGCAAAGCAAGGGCAUGGAGCUGCUUUGUAGCGGCCUGCAACACGCAGCGAUGCACAAGGUGCAAAGAUACCCUCAACUGCAUGCUGCGAGCUUCUUUUCAGACAUGGAUUCGGCAGUUCAAAGAGUGGAGGAGAUCGUUCUGACCCUGUCUGUGUCAGCUCCGCCUCCGAGCCUGCCGCGGACUUGCUCGGCGCGCCGAGCUGCUCCAUGGGCCGCCGAAGCGUCUGAGGCGGACAAAGUCUUCUUUGACGAAGUCUGCAGUUGCCUCUUGGAGCCCCUGGGCCUCCCACAACCUGAAACAAGCAGAGCGCUUCGAAGCUUCUUCGAGUUUCAGCGUUCCGGAGAAGGGACUGUUCUAUGGAACCCUGGAGACCCUUCGGAUUUCGCGUUCUUGCUGGUCAGUGGACAUGUUGGUGUUCUGGAUGACUACUGCGAUCGAGUUGGAACAGAAAGUGGUCGGAAUUUCGUGGAGUGCAGCGUGCGAGGGCAGUUUACCGGCGAGCUAAACCUGUUCACCGGCGAGUUUCGCAAAAACCGAGUUAUUGCUACUGAAGACCUGUCGAUGUGGACCGUGACCCGGGGCAGCCUGCUUCGAAUGCAGCAAGAUGCGCUGCCGCUGGCCUUUGCUUUACAAGGCAUCGUGCUGCGCUAUGCUGCGCAUAGGAUGUACCUGAGCAUGCUCGAUGGCCAUGAAGGGCUGGGCAAGCACAGUGGCACCUACCAGGGCAAGACGCUUUUCACUUGUCGGGAUGGCCACGGCAGCUUCGCAAAGGUGGAGAAGCUGGAACUCGGGAUGCCUAUUCAGCGUGCCAUUGCAGAGAAGUACUUUGCAGCUGCGCUGCCCGAGGCAGCCAAGAAGAGCACACGACAAGAGACGUUGGAUGCCAUGGACUACAUGGACUCCAAGGGCAGGGAGAAGUCCAUGUCGGUGGAGUUUGUUGGUCGCUAUGAUAUCGAGCAGCGUCAGCAGCGCCUGGAGGGAUUCGUCGAGAUGUCCUUGGCUGAGAGUGCCCUGGCUUCACGCUACCCUGAUGAAAUCUGGUCGGGUGACUGGAGCUUGCCCAACCUCAAGAGUCUUUGGCUGGACAAGACCCUGAUCUGCGAGUGGGCCGACGUCGCCGCCAUUUGCGAGCUGUGUCCGAACCUGGAGUGGUUGUCUCUCUCAAGGACGCGGCUGAGAGCCUGCCAGCCAGGGGCACUGCCUGCUCCGGCUCACGCGCCGAAUAGCAUGUCAGAUCGAUUGGUCUUCAAACCUUUCGUGUGCAAAGUUCGGACCUUGAUCCUGAACGGUACGGGAAUUACCUGGUCAGACCUUCUUGCAGUCGAUGCUCUAGGCCUCUUCCCACAGCUGGAGCAUUUGCAUCUUUCCCAGAAUUCUUUGGAGGAGGGCAUCCCAACUACCCUCGGCGAUGCAGAGGGGAACGCCGAUGCGCCUGUGCGCCGCUUGCAAAGACUUCAGUCGCUGGUUCUGGAUAACAACCGCAUUUCGGACUGGACGGUUCUGCGCCGUGCGAUUGCCGCUUUUCCCUCACUGCAGGCCCUGCACUUGAAUGGAAACCUGCUCGGCGAAAGCAUCGAGGGUCUAGCUCAAGCUGCGGCCGACCAAACGCCAAGGCGCCUAACAGCACUUUUCUUGAACGAAAACAAGUUGGCCUCCUGGCGAAGCAUCGGUGCGCUCGCCAGCUACGCGCUCUUGGAGCUCAAGGUGCAGCGAAUCCCUCUCACAGAUUCGGGAUCUCCACUUGCCUCUCCGAUGCUGCUGCGACAGGUUUUGAUCGCACUCAUGCCAACGCUCAUGCGGCUCAAUGCUUCUGAGGUAACCGUGAAGGAGAGGACGGCUGCAGAGAGGUACUUCCUGUCCAUUGCUCAUCAGACUGACAGCCUGCUGGUGCAGGGGCUGGCGGAAUCCUGCAACAUCCAAGAGCAUGUUGAAAGGUUACGUGCAAUCCACGGUGCGGUAGUCGGUGGUGACAUCACCGAGCACUCGCAAGCUUCGCGAUCCGCACUGUCGAAUGCAUUAGUGGAGGUCGCCUUGCGACCGGUGGGCGCCGCCAUUGUGGAGAAACCCGUAACACGAAAGAAGGUGCCGCACACCAUGACAGUGGGAGAGCUGAAAAGACUCGCACAGCUUCUAUUCAAGCAGGUGCCAUUGGAUCGGCUGAUGCUGACCCUAGCAGAUGACGGGCUACCCUUUGGGGUGCCGCUUGAUGAUGAGGCCAGGGAGCUCGGUUUCUUCGGAAUUGGAGACGGAGCUGAAAUCCGUGUGGACGAUUCUGCAGACGUUCCACCUCCAAAGACAUGA